AUUCGAGUUGGGUCAGAAACACACACACACACACACACACACACACACACACACACACACACACACACACACACACACAGAGCAGUGAACAAACACGAGAUGGGUUGGUGUGGUGAUGAACACAGACCGUCGCUGGCUGAGCUCUAUUGUAUCUCUAUAGCGUAGCGUCACAUCACCUCGAGCGCUGCGCGUGGACUGUCCUCGCUGCAGUAAUCGCUGCGCCUCUCCUUUCACCCCAAAGAAACCUCACCGCAGCUGACAGCAGAUUAGUGAGCACUUAUUGCGUUUACCUUUUACUGUCGCCCGAAGCAGGAAUCGCCAGACAUUCUUUUGGCUCUCCUUUACGAAACCAUGGGGAAACAGAACAGCAAGCUGACCCCUGAGGUAAUGGAGGACCUGGUGAAGACCACAGAAUUUAAUGAACACGAACUCAAACAGUGGUACAAAGGCUUCCUGAAGGAUUGCCCAACUGGCCGACUCAACCUGGAUGAGUUCCAGCAGCUGUAUGUUAAGUUUUUUCCUUAUGGUGAUGCCUCAAAGUUUGCUCAGCACGCUUUCAGGACCUUCGACAAGAAUGGAGACGGCACCAUCGACUUCAGGGAGUUCAUCUGUGCCCUGUCCAUCACAUCACGAGGCACCUUCGAACAGAAACUCAACUGGGCCUUUAACAUGUACGACCUGGAUGGAGACGGCAAAAUCACACGAGUUGAGAUGCUUGAGAUCAUUGAGGCAAUCUAUAAGAUGGUGGGGACUGUUAUCAUGAUGAAGAUGAACGAGGACGGCCUGACGCCCGAGCAACGGGUCGACAAAAUCUUCAGUAAGAUGGAUAAGAACAACGACGACCAGAUCUCAUUGGAAGAGUUUAAAGAAGCAGCAAAGGGUGACCCCUCCAUUGUAUUACUGCUGCAGUGCGACCUGCAAAAAUGAGCGUCUCGGAAAAGAGCCAGACUGCACAAAUGAUUAAUGUUCCAUUCAGUUUGCAGCUAUUUCCACUGAUAAAAAAAGUUGCUUGGACUACCUUUCAAUGAAUCCGCUUCCUGUGUUUGAAACACUUGUGUGCAUGAGAAUGUUCUUUGCUAAUGAAUUUCACAUACGCACGCACACAAACACCUUUGCACACACAAAUACUCUCACACACAUACAAUGCAAACGGAUACGCAUACAGACCUAAAUAGAAUUAUAUGAAUAUUAAUAUACAUACAUAGUAAGUUGUCAAAAUGAACUGCCAAUAUGUGAAGAGUGUGCAAAGUACCUUCUGAAUCCACUGGAGCUUGCGCAUCAUUGAUGUGCUGUAUUAAAUCAAGCUACUAUUUAUUGUACCGAUGCUAGCUAUGUGUACUAUAUACUGCGUAAUGUCAACCGAACUGAUUCUUAUGGUAAUCGUAACUAUUACGGAUUUACCCAUUCGUCUGGAUGGACAAAAAGAUAAGCUCAUGUCCAUCAAACUUUUCCCUUCAAAUGUGCUUGUACUGUUGGUGAAUAUAAAUGUAGUUUCUUUGCAUGCCAUUAGGUUUGCCUUAAGAAUACUUCCCUCAUUUGCAUCCUGCAUAAAGAAUGAUAACAAGCCUUACUUAAAAGAAUAACAGCAGUAGAAUUAGAUGGAUAAUUCAUUGGUUUUGCAAAGAUCUUCAAAUGUGGUGCACUAGACAUGUAUUUGUGAUGCAUUUAUGGGAAAAUGCUAGUAUACUACACCUUCUAUGUACAUCACAUGUUAGGGGGGUUACAUGUGGCCGAAUGUAAUCGGCGAGAACAAUUCCACCACGGAGACCAAGCAUUCAUUCUCAUGGUGGAAAUAUUAUGCCAUGAAAAAUAUCCCCAUAUUAAACCUACAAGCUGUGCAUUUUCUGAAUGCACUUCAGAAUGUGAUCAAAUGAAAUAAAUUGCAUAUCAGUGUGCAGAUUAAUGUGGGGCCCAGGCAUGGAAUGAAUUUGUGAAGAUCAAUUUUGAGUUGUAUCAUUAGGUUUAAAGAUGAUUUUGCCUCAAACAUGUAUCUGUUGGAACUCCCCAGUCAUUCUUGACAGCUGAAAUUGUCCAAGACUGUAUUUAAUCAUACUUUUUACACGCUGGAAGAACUCGUAACUGAGGGUUUUAAAGGUCAACCCUAAUGUUAUUACUUUUUAAAUCCAAGCAUUUGCACCAACUGCACAUUUUGAGCACUGACUCUAUUUCUUAAUACGCACAUUUCUGUGCUCCAUUUGAAAGUACAUUCUGCCAGUGUCAAGAGCUUUACACAAGCAUAACCUUUGUCAUUGUAAUGUUUACCUACGUAGGCACCGCACCAAAUUCAUGCAAUGGCAAACUUUUCCAAUUUAAAAGUUAUUUUGUACAUGUAGCAUGUAUUGUGCCCCUGACGCCAUGGCUGCACUAAGUCCUUGUGUUGUGGUUUAAACUAAUAAAAGAGUAUAUGGGAUAUUUUUUCAA